UUGAGGCGGGGCUUCCGCCUUUUCCGUGGCGGUCGUUUUAGCGGUUCUGGGGUCUCCGGGCUCGGUCGGAAGGUGCGGAACACCGGCUUGGGACCCGGGCGACCGACACAGGAGGCACGAGAGGAGGCUUCGUCCCCGCUGUACGGAGGCUGGUCUGGGGUCGGGGACUUCGCUGCCUGCGAGCCCGGCCUGGACACUGCGGAGCCCGUGACCGUCCGGGUCGCUCAGCUGUCAUCUCUUCACUUCGCCCAGAGUCCGAUGGCGGCGGCCGCGCGCAGGGACCCGGCUGAGGUUUCCGUGGUUGCAGACGUGCUUUGGGAGCCUCCACAGGGAAGUGUUACUUUUGAGGACGUGGCCCUAUAUUUCUCCUGGGAGGAGUGGGAUCUCCUGGAUGAGGAUCAGAGAUGCCUGUACCACGAUGUGAUGCUGGAGAACUUUGCGCUCACAUCCUCACUAGGUUGUGGGCACGGAGUGGACGAUGAGGAUGUACCUUUGGAAGAGAGCAUUUCUGUAGGAGUGUCACAGAUCAGGACUCUUGAGGCAGAUUCAUCUCCCCAGAAGGCCCAGCCCUUUGAGAUGCAUGGCCCGAUCUUGAGAAACAGUCUGCGCCUGGCUGAGCACCAGGAAACUUAUCCUGGGGAGAAACCAUAUACGUGUGGGAAGCAAUUCUGUUUGGCUGCCAGCCUUCAACAGUACGAGGGGCAGCACACUAGAGAGGUUCCCUUCAGAAGUUGUGUGGACAGAGCCUCGUUUAUAAAGAGCUGUACAGUCCAUGUGUCAGAGAAGCCCCUUACCUGUGAGGAGACAGGGAAGGACUUCUUAACCAGCAUGGGAUUUCUCCAACAACAGGUCACUCACACUGGGGAGAAGCUGAACAAUGAGUGCGAGGCUAUCUUUCACAAUGGAAAAAGUCGUCACCACUGUGGAGAAUGCAAGAAAGCCUUCAGCUGCACAGACACACUUGCUCAGGAUCAGAGAGUCCUCACUAGAGAAGGGCUUUAUGAAUGUGGCAAAUGUGGAAAAGCCUGUACCCGAAGAUGUAACCUCAUCCAGCACCAGAAAGUCCACACUGGAGAAAGACCUUAUGAAUGCAGUGAAUGUGGGAAAUUCUUUACCUACUACUCCAGUUUCAUUAUACAUCGGAGGGUUCACACCGGAGAAAGGCCCUAUGAGUGCAGUGAAUGUGGGAAAUCCUUUAGCCAAAGCUACAGCCUCAAUAGCCAUAGGAAAGUUCACACUGGAGAGAAACCUUAUGAGUGCAGGGAAUGUGGAAAAUCCUUCAGUCAAAGGUCCAACCUCAUUCAACAUCAGAGAGUUCACACUGGAGAAAGGCCUUAUGAGUGCAGUGAAUGUGGGAAGUCCUUUAGCCAAAACUUCAGUCUCAUCUACCACAGGAGAGUUCACACUGGAGAAAGGCCUCAUCAGUGCGGCGAAUGUGGGAAAUCCUUUAGCCGAAGCUCCAGCCUCAUUCACCACAGGAGACUUCACACUGGAGAAAGGCCUUAUGAGUGCACUAAAUGUGGGAAAUCCUUUAAGCAAAGUUCCAGCUUCAGUUCACAUCGGAAAGUCCACACAGGAGAAAGGCCUUAUGAGUGUGGGGAAUGUGGAAAAUCUUUUAGCCAUAGCUCCAACCUGAAGAACCACUGGAGAGUUCACACUGGAGAAAGGCCUAUUGAGUGCAGUGAAUGUGGAAAGUCCUUUAGCUGUAAAUCUAACCUUGUCAAACACCUGAGAGUUCACACUGGAGAAAGGCCUUAUGAGUGUGGGGAAUGCGGAAAAUCCUUUAGCCAAAGCUCCAGUCUCAUUCAACACCGGAGAGUUCACACUGGCAAGAGGCCUACUGAGUGCAGAGAAUGUGGGAAAUCAUUUAGCUCCAAAUCUGACUUCAUUCAACACCAGAGAUUCCAUACUAGAGAAAGGCCUUAGGUGUACAGGGACAUGUGGUUUCCUUUUAGAUAAUUACACUGGAAGAGGGAAGUUGUGAAGAAGCCAUCUGGCAAAUUUUAGCCUAUAUGUCUGAAAAUUCAUAGUGAGGAGAUCCAAGUAUGUGAGAAUCUAUAAGGAGCUGUGUUACACUUUCUAACCUGUCCAGGGCUUUUGCCAGAUUUAUGUCACUGCCGGUUUCUGUGGGAGAGUUUUGUCCUCUCUACCACUCAGCAGGUUCACACAGUGUGCAUCAGUUACCACCACAGUGUGCUCAGGGAAGCUCCCCCCUUUGCUGGAGGAAAUCAUGAUUAGUCUUAGCCCUUAUAGGGUCUUCAUUCUCUUCUCUUGUAGAAGUUAGGGCACGGCCCUGACCCAGUUUGGGCCCAGUGGACCCAAUCUGAGUUCUGCCAGUAACUUGCCGAGAAGGACUGCAUUUUCAAUGUGUUAGUUUUGUGUGACACUCACCUUGGAUUUUCCUAUCUUCCAAGUCACCAACCUGGGAAUUCCCUGCCUCAUACUGCUUUGGAUUUUGCAAUAAUGAAGACAUUAUUGCUGGGGCGCCUGGGUGGCUCAGUUGGUUAAGCGUCCGACUUCGACUCAGGUCAUGAUCUCGCGGUUUGUGAGUUCGAGCCCCACAUCAGGCAGUUCAGAGCCUGACAGUUCAGAGCCUGGAGCCUGCUUCGGAUUCUGUGUCUCCCUCUUUCUCUGCCCCUCCCCUGCUCAUGCUCUGUCUCUCUUAUGUCUC